AUGGAUUUCGCAAAACUCAUGUCCGCACAUAUCAAAAAAGGGAAGGAGACGGCGGCAACAUCGGAAUCAAGCGACAAAAAGUACCUCAAGCGCAGCGAAAUUGAGGCCCAAAGGCAAGCGGCAUAUCGGGCUGAGCAGGAGGCCGCAGAGAAGGCACGACUGGAGCGACUGGAGAAGAAACGCAAAGCCGAAGAAGAUGAGGCUGAGAAGGAGGCACAACGACGGGAGAAGCGGAUGCGCAUGGCGGAGGAAGCAAGACGGAUUAGAGAAGAAGAGGAAGAGGCAGAAGAGCGGCGGAGAAGAAAGCGCUUAGGCUUGCCAGAUCUACCACCAAAGAAGAAGGAAGGCGAAGGAGAGGGUACACCUGUGCCCGAAGACGAAGAUAUUGAAGAUGAAGAGUUGAUCGCAAAACUGAGAGCCCUCGACGAGCCAGCCCGAGUCUUCGGCGAGACACACAAGCAACGCCUAAAGCGAUACAAGAAGCGUGUCGGCGCAGACAACCUAGCAGCAAUCAUGACCGACGGUCCGAUCCCGACAACCCUACAACUAGUACCAGAGAAGGACAUGAAGGUCAGCUUGCAGGUACCAAAGGACAAGGAGGGCCGAGAGUUCCUCUUCAGGCAACUCGCAAGUUACUUCACAAUGGUACUGAAGGAAUGGGACGUGACGCUUGCGCGCCGAGAUGCAGAAGUCAAGGAGAGUUAUCAAGGAAAGCAAGCUUACGCUGCCAUGGUGCAAGCGCGCGAGAACAUGCGUCCGCUGUUCAAGAAGCUGGAGAAGUUUGACCUCCCAGACAGCAUCAUCGAACCGGUUGUAGAGAUUGUGCAUGCAGCACAAGAAAGGCGAUACGUGGAUGCGAACGACGGAUACCUACGACUCAGUAUUGGCAAGGCAGCAUGGCCGAUUGGUGUUACGAUGGAGUCGUACUUUACAUACCCACCAGAGGAUGAAUCGCCCGUCAACCAUGACAUUCUCUUCAGGCCUGGUUUGGCUCCGGAUGGCUCAGACACCUUUACUCCAAGAACCCUGAUAUAUGAUCUCAAGGGUUCUUUCGGGAGUAUGCGGAAAAUAAACGCACUGUACGAGGCCGAAGACGACCGAAGCAUUCUGGAUCAACCUGGUGUUUGGCCUUCCAAACCUAUCGUUCAACGUGCGUCUGAGACCAUCCCGCAAUCAGCCUACCAAGAGCAUCUUAACGCUGGUCUCGAACCACUUCCACUCAGCACAUCCUCAGUUCGGUACUGGUCUGAUUACAGUCGCGUCUACUAUCAUCCCAAAUCCAUCGUCCAGUUGUCAGAGUUUGAUGUCAACGAUAAGCUUAUGCCUUUCGAAAACUGGGAUGUUGGUAUGGAACUUUUCGAGAAGCUCGAAAGAGAAGUAGACUUGGUUGAUCGAGAUCUUCGUCCAUUUGUCGAGGAAUGUGAUGGAAUCCAAGGGUUGCAGAUUUUUACUGGCGUGGAUGAUGCUUGGGGUGGUUGGACUUCCGGAUGGCUCGAAAGAUUGAGAGACGAGUAUGGAAAGAUGAGCAUCUGGACUUGGGGCCUUGGGGAUCAUGGUGCUAACAACAAAACCCCGAGGGAACAACGCCUAAAGCAGAUCGCCAACUCAGCUCGCUCACUCCAAGUGCUUGGCGAACAGUCCUCGGUUUACGUACCGAUAUCGAAUACGCCAGCUAAAGUCCCAAGUUAUCUAAAAUAUGACUCAACAUCCCCGUGGCAUGUAGCAGCCUUACAGGUUGUGGGAAUAGAAAGCAUGACGAUAUCCUCUCGAUUACGUACUACAUUGGGCGGACGAGGUACACUUCAAGACCUAGAAGACACCAUCAACAGUACUGGAAAACGACGUAUAGCGAAGUUUGAGAUGAGCAUCGCGGACCCAAAUGUACUUUCAGACAAGGCUGCUGAUUUAGCCGAAUCCAUGGCAAAGCUUGGAACAACGCGAUCAAGACAGACUAGUGAAGGUGACGAUGAACUAACGGAGUUUGAUAUUGAUGUUUUCACCCGCGAUUACCGGACCGCAACUGGAAAAGCAAAAAAAGAGCAUGUAUUUGGGAGGGCAGAGGCUUCUCGCGGAGAGUGGUCGUUACCCGAUGAUGGCGAGAACGAUCCUCACGAUAGGUUCAACAAUGGACCGGCAGUGCAAAGAUAUACUGCUCCUCUUCUCUUCCCCUUACUCGACAGCUUCCCCAAGUCCAUGUUCGAAGUAGGAUCGGGGCAUACUGAGAAGCUUGCUGUUCACGCUGGGCUCACGACAAGUACUGCUGUCGCGGGACAGAUAAGAACACUCGAGCCGAUCAUAAAGCGCAUGAUUAAUAUCGAAGAAAGAGAGGCGCUCUCUAAUGGCCUUCAAGUUCUUGCAGAGGAGUACGAUGAAGGCUGGGAUAGUGGUUCAGAUAGCGACGACGAUGAAUAG